AUGCCUUCGUCCUCCGCGCCUGGCGUCUCAUCAUCGGAGCGGAAAGCCAUUGAAGCGGCUCAAGAGAAGAAGAAGAAAGCCGCCAAGGCCAAGGCUGAAAAGUUGGAAGCGUACAAGAAAAAGGCAGCUCCCGAUACGGUCGAGGAGCUGGUAGAGGUUGGCGAACUUGAGAGCAAGUGGUUCAAAGAGGGUGAAUGGAAGCCUGAAUGGGCUCUGGUGGAGUUUAAUGAUGAUGCGUGUUUGGCCAACGUGACUAAAGCCGGCAAAGCGAAGGACGGGUUUUUUGUGCCUGCGGGUUCGAUCUUGCCGCUUGGAGCAUCUCUACCGGAUAUGACGGUAUUGAAGUAUGGAGGGUACUUUCCGGCCGGAACAUCAUUUCAGGGGGGUGUCAUGAUUCCCCUGCACGCCAGGAUGGUGAACAUUUUACCAGAAGAGACCAAAGAGGUGCCGACCAUGGUCGAUGAAGGCCUUUGUGUGGUUCAAUGA